CACAUGACGCGCAGCGUCAUCUCGUCAGCUCUUGCUGUUCCGCAUCUGUCUCUGGUUGCUAGUUUAGCUAACGUUAACUUUAGCCAUGUUUUCUUCAGUUUUAUUUAUUUGACAUUUCAUGUAGCAGCCGGUCGUCUUGUGUGACAGUCGGACGGACUACUGUGUUACAUGGUGGUUCUUCUGACUGCCGAGCAGUGUCACUUUCCAUUCAGUAACAAGCCGAAGACGCAAGCUAGCCUCUCAUAGCUAGCUAACAGCUGCUUAGCUUCCAGGAGAAUAACGUAGCUGUAAGGCAACCAACCAGGCACAAAGCGUCUAUGAGCUACGACUGGCCCCGAUCAGAGGAUGUAUCCGCCUUCCAGAAAGGACUUCAUCUCUCUGACGCUCAAUGAUCCGCACAGUCACACUUACAACAACGGCAAACACCGGAGACAGUCCUGCUGGAGGAAAUGGAAGCAGCUGUCUCGGCUCCAGCGAAGCCUCAUCCUGUUCCUGCUGGCUCUGCUGCUCAUAUUUGGACUGCUCUCCUAUCCCAGCAUGACAGAACAGUGGAGAGGGUUUUCUGACCGGGAGGACUGGCUGGAGCUGAAUGACAGAGAGGUGAAGGAUAUUCCUCCCGAGGUGAAGUCUGUAUUGUAUCAAGCUGAAGCCAAAGCUCCUCCUCCUGUGGCAGGGCCACAUAUGGGGCCAGCUGUGGAUCCAGAUGCGGGUGCAGAUGCUGUGGUGGGGCCCAGAGCACCAAAUGUCCCCAUUUUGGCUAAACCUCCCAUUAAGAAUAAGACAUUCCCAAACAAGAGAGGUCCACCGAGCCUGCCGAAAGAUGGAAAUAUUUCAGACACAGUCGGUAGGAAAAAGCAAGUGCAAGAGGUGGUUCAAGAUGAAGAAGGAGAAGAGGUGGACAAAGAAAAGAAGAUUGUCAGCUGGAGAGGAGCACUGAUCGAAGCUGACCAGGCCACAGAGCCUCCACCCUCGACCAAUGAGAAAGAAGCUGCGGCGCCCCCAGCCCCAGCCAACCCAGGUGACCCUGUCCCACCAGAAGUUUCAACAGGAGCUGUGGACCGGCUGGAGGCGGUGCGUGAUGCCUUCAGACAUGCGUGGAAAGGCUAUAAGGAGUACGCCUGGGGUCACGAUGAGCUCAAGCCCAUAUCCAGGUCUUUUGGCGAGUGGUUCGGACUGGGUUUGACUCUCAUUGAUUCUUUGGACACCAUGUGGAUUUUGGGCCUAAAAGAAGAGUUUGCAGAAGCAAAGGAUUGGGUAGAGAAAGAGCUCUCCUUUGACAAGAACGUGGACGUGAAUCUUUUUGAGACAACCAUCCGUAUCCUUGGAGGCCUGCUGAGUACCUACCAUCUAACAGGAGACCAACUCUUCCUAGAGAAAGCUAAAGAUCUCGGGUCCAGGUUAAUGCCUGCCUUCAAAACUCCCUCAAAGAUCCCGUUCUCAGACGUUAACAUCGGGAAGGGAAUAGCCCACCCCCCCCGAUGGACGUCAGACAGCACGCUGGCCGAGGUCACGAGCAUUCAGCUGGAAUUCAGAGAGCUGAGCCGCCUCACCCAGGAGCCCCAGUACCAGGAGGCUGUGAAUGAGGUAAUGAGGCUGGUCCACAAGCUGCCAGGCAAACGGGACGGCCUGGUGCCCAUGUUCAUCAACACCAACAGCGGCCAGUUCACGCACAAAGGAGUCUUCACACUUGGUGCCAGGGCGGACAGCUACUACGAAUACCUGCUCAAACAGUGGAUCCAGGGAGGCAAGGCGGAAGACGACCUGUUGGAGGACUACCUUCAAGCUGUGGAAGGAGUGAAAAAACACCUUGUGAGACAGACGGGACCCAGUAGAUUGACCUUUGUUGGAGAGUUGUCCCACAGCCGCUUCAACCCUAAAAUGGACCACCUUGUGUGCUUCCUGCCAGGAACCUUGGCGCUGGGGGCCCACAACGGCCUCCCGGGGGACCACAUGGAUCUGGCUGUGCAGCUGAUGGAGACGUGUCACCAGAUGUACCAACAGAUGGAGACUGGGCUGAGCCCAGAGAUCGUCCACUUCAGCAUGCAGGCCAGUGAUGGGCCCAACCUUAUUGUCAAGCCUGCAGACAGACACAACCUGCUGAGACCAGAGACGGUAGAAAGUCUGUUCUACAUGUACAGAUUCACUAAGGACCCCAAGUACAGAGACUGGGGAUGGGACAUACUGCUUAGCUUCAAUAACUACACUAAGGUCCCCGGCGGUGGCUACACGUCCAUUAACAACGUCCGCGACCCCGUAAACCCCGGGCCCCGGGACAAGAUGGAGAGUUUCUUCCUGGGUGAGACGCUAAAGUACUUGUAUCUGCUCUUCUCUGACGACACGGAGCUGCUCAGUCUAGACAAGUAUAUCUUUAACACCGAGGCCCACGCUCUCCCCAUAUGGCCCUCCCCACCCAAGUGAUGUCACCAUACAGGAGAAGUCUGUAAAGAUCAGGCCUGGUGGCUCCUGUAUGAGUCAAACACUGUUGUUGCCGCUCAGUCAGGCAAUUCCCUUAAGCAACCGUCCAGGCUGGACUGCUGCAAAGCAGACCUGUGCCGUCCACCUGUACUUUGAUACAUUUCCAUGUGGAAGAGUUUAUUUUUCUUUUUUUUUUCUUCAUUUUUCCUAAGGAAAAGGUUUGUAUUAGAGCUGGUCUCUAAUGUAAAACACUUAUUUUAUUUAUUUUUUUAAAUUAGCUCUGACUAGCUGGCUCCAACAGGAGACAAGAAGGGAAAUGGUGGGAGUACUUUAUUACUUUGGCGACUGGGAUAGUUCUUGUAUGUACGUAUGGGGUCACAACAAUCAUGUCAUGCCUGAGUUUUUUUUAUUUAUUUUUUUCCUUUGUCAGGUGCACAUCCUCACUAGUCCUACAUAGUCAGGUGUCAUGGCUGUGAAGGAGUCUACAAAUGAAUUGUGUUAAACAGAUUGCUCUAGUGGAGGAGUCCCAUAUUAUUUGUAAAAGUCUUUACUCUGGCAACUCCCAGUGCACUUGCUCAUGUACAAAAAUGGUAUACAAGGAGUUAAGAGGAGUUGUGCUUUUUUAUUUUUAUUUUUUUAUCCCUUUUGUGAUGUCCAUCCCCUGUAUUGUCCCAUCCUAAGUGUUUAGGAAUCAGUGGGCAGCUACAGUGCAGUGUCCAGGGACCACUUUCACUUCUGAGACCUGUGCCUUGCUGAGCAAAUGCAGCGUUUUCCUAAUACCUACUGUGUAUGUCUUUAAUUAAAUAAAGACCUUAGUAAAGUAUUAGGGCGGUUAUGGCUAGUAAGAUUGCCAUAACCCAGGAGUUACACACAAAUCAAAUUAUUUAAAACCUUAUUGGUGAUGUAUAAUGCAUCUGAGCCUGGCUCACCAUAUCAAAGCACUUUUUUUGGAGCUUUCAACUACACUGACUAUAAUGGUUAUUGUCACCAAGAUGGGACAGUUGAAGAACUGUAAAGGCCCCAAAAUGCAUUGCAACGUGUAUUACUCAUUGGGCACUACUUUAGCAGUGAUUCUGCAGAUACUGAGGGGUUAAAUGUUAAAUAUGGUGAAGCUCACUGCACAGUCACACCUCUUUUUGUUUUUAAGGGACGUUUGGCUCUUGUUGUUUACUGAUCUUUUCAUUUCGGGUGGCAGUGAGAGGGUAGUCUAUGGGUAGUCAUGUUUAUAAGACCUAACAGUUUGAAAGUGAAAGUAUAUAGAGGUCUUUUUGAAUGAAUCAGGGCUGUACACCUAAUGCCAUCUUGCUUUUAUUAAUGAAUGUCUACUUUUAUUUUGUUAUUUCUUUCAGUUUUACAUUUGGUCAUAGAGGAGCCCUUGUUAGUAGGUGUGUUUAUAUACACUCUCCCAGUUUUGAGUCUAAUCCUGGUUUUGAUUAAAUAUGGGAUUGUAUUCACAAUUGUUUCACAUUAUAUGAAGGGGAAUUAAUUAGGGUUUCCGUGCAGUCUUAAAUUUGCAGUUGCUGUGAAGUUAGAUGAAGAAAACCCAACUCAGUACAUUACCAUUUCCUGUGUCAGGGACAUUAUGCAUGCAGCCGUUCAUUCACCCUCUUUUCACAGACGACUUGUUUAAGAAAUUGAGUUUGUUGAAUAGUUUUCUUCAUACUUGAAGGAGUUUGAUUAAUGCCCUGUAGCAAUCCCACUGACUUCCUCUCAAAUGUGACGUAGAGCAGUGUGGGAGGAGCGCUUGUUUUCUGUACGGUAACUGGGACAAAUCCAUUUGAAGGACACAUCCGGUGUGCUGUAGGAGCGGCGUUGAAGAUGGCUGAACCCACACUCUGUUAUUUCAUGACUUUCAAUUCUUCAGUCCGAAAAGGAUCCACGUCUUGGAUAAUUCUUUUCCGCGGCUUGAAACGGGCUGUCAUAUUCCCGCUUUGACCAUCUCCUUUUGUUAAUGAACUUCAGACUAACAGAGAGCCAUAUACUGACCACUGUCAUUGAAUGUGCAUUACAUUUCCCAAUGCUCUGCUGUGCCUAUUGAAAUGUAUAUUGUGCUACGGUGGUUUGGUUCUGUUUCUUUAUUGCUGCUGUAUCAGUGGUGUUUAUUUGUGAAGUGCUAUGAGGGAACGUUUGGUUGAUGGCUUGUAUUUUUACUCUGGAUGAGUGGGUGAGAAAACAACAUGGGUGUAAAUAUUUUGUGUAAAUUGUUUCUUACCUGUGUACUGAAUCCAACCUGUGCAUCCACUGAUUUAUCGAGCCCUUUCUGGACUCAGCAUUCUGUGUCAUCAUGUCAAAACAUUUCUGUUUUUAAGUAGGUCAUUUUUUUUGUGUCUACUUAACGCAAUCCAUCCAAAAAUCAAUGCCAGUUAAACAUUCAUGGAGACUAAUGUCUGAUAAGGAGUACUUUUCAGAGGUUUUUGCUUUCUCUUUGGCGCAGGGGGGAAAUGAAAUAUCCUUAAUAUAUUAAGAAACAUAUAUAUUUUUUAAAAAGGCUUACCUAAUGUGAGAGAACAUUAGUACUACAACUUGAAAUUCAUGGAAAUGAUCAUGGUUAAAUAAAUUAGAAUUUAUGUUGCAUAUAAAAUAAUUAAAUGAGAGCUGUAUGACUUAUUUUUAUUUUCUAUUAACCUUGAGUGUUAAUGCGGCCACAGUCAAACCAGACUUUAAAUGUAAAGGAAGAAAACUGUCAUGAGGUCCUUUCGUCAUCCACGCAUAUCGUUUGUGUGACUUUACAGAAAAACAACUGUGGGUACUUUUUCAAAUAUUAUGUUGCCAUGUAAAAUUGCCAGCGUGUUUACUGAGUGAAGUCCAUGCCUGAAAGCGGCUACGGUCGCUUUGUUGGAAACGCAAAAACUAAAACCAUCACCAGGUCACACACGUGGGUGAAGAAGCCAAACUGAAUCUCUCAGUGGAAAUCCGCCAUACCUCUUAACCAAAUUUGAAUUUGGUUUGAUAAGUGUAAUGUUCUCAAAAUAAUGUAUACAUACGUAACUAAAUCUGCCUUCCGCACUUGAAAGGAUAGAGCUGGCGUUAUUCUAGAUUUUCUUACUGUCGACAAAGACCAAAACCAACUUCAUGUCAGACUCAAUACUUUGACUUCCUCAGCCCCAAGAUGUAAAUCUUCAAAAAUGUAAAAUAAAAGUUUAGUUCAUUUUUAAAAGGUAGUAAUUUCCUAAAACAGCUGGGCACUUUAGUUUUUAUCAGAUGUUACUUAAACAGGGAGACAUAGCAAAUUUGUUAGGGACUAUUUUCAGUGGUGGAUUAACACAAAUGUUCUCUAGUUAGAGUGUGUGUGUGUGUGUGUGUGUGUGUGUGU